AUGCACAAGGAACUGGUGCUGCAGGGACACAAGCACAGAGAGCAGGGUAGUUUGCAGGUGUGGUGCAAGGCUGAAUGGGAACCACCUGAGGGGGAGCUGCAGGCCGGGGGUAUGCCGACUGAAGCCGGCCUGCUGAUCCUGAGGCUAAUGGCUGUGCUGCGGCAGUGGCCUCGGUGGCAGGCUGAGGAGGAAUCUCUGGCAAGGGGGAAGUGGGAUGUGCCGGGACAGGGGAGAGUGGUGUGUAAAGAGGAGGUUCCACCUGAGCAGCAGGAGCAGACCCCCAGUCUGGAGCCAGAGCCCCAAAACAUUACAGAGGAACAGGAGGAACUCUGGACCAAUGAGCAGGGAGAGCAGCUUCAGGAUAUUACCAAGCUGCUGUUCACUGCUGUCCCUGUGAAGAGUGAGGAUGAUGAAGAGGAAGCUCAGUGGAGCAGAGACGCCCGCCACUCCACUGGACAUAUGGAAGCAGAAGAUGGUGGAGAGGAACGAGCCAGGACCCCAGAACCCUCCUCUGAGGCUGAGACUGAGGACAAGAAACCAGCUUCCUGCUCCAAGACCAAGAACACAGCAAAGAGUACAGUCUCCUGCUCACUCUGUGGUAAAGGGUUUGCAACGAAAGGAAGCCUCAAGCGACACAUGAGAAUCCACACUGGAGAGAAACCGUUCCCCUGCUCACUCUGUGGUACAGCGUUUGCAGAGAAAGGACACCUCAAGCAACACAUGAUAAUGCACACUGGAGAGAAACCGUUCCCCUGCUCACUCUGUGGUACAGCGUUUGCACUGAAAGGAAACCUCAAGCAACACAUGAGAAUCCACACUGGAGAGAAACCGUUCCCCUGCUCACUCUGUGGUACAGCGUUUGCACAUAAAGGAUACCUCAAGCUACACAUGAGAAUCCACACUGGAGAGAAACCGUUCCCCUGCUCACUCUGUGGUACAGCGUUUGCACUGAAAGGAAACCUCAAGCAACACAUGAGAAUCCACACUGGAGAGAAACCGUUCCCCUGCUCACUCUGUGGUACAGCGUUUGCACAUAAAGGAUACCUCAAGCUACACAUGAGAAUCCACACAGGAGAGAAACCGUUCCCCUGCUCACUCUGUGGUACAGCGUUUGCACAUAAAGGACACCUCAAGCUACACAUGAGAAUCCACACUGGAGAGAAACCGUUCCUGUGCUCCGUCUGUGGUAAAGGGUUUGCACAGAAAGGACACCUCAAGCUACACAUGAGAACCCACGCUGGAGAGAAACCGUAG